GGAGACAUAUUAGUGACAGGCGGAAGUGGGUUGGUUUGGAAAGAAAACAGAAAAUAAGCCGAAGAAGAUUAUUGUUACAAAAUGGCUUCAGACGGAGGGGAGGUUUAUCCUUCCCCUUCAUCUAAAGGAAGAGAAACGUCUGAUUUUCUGAUGAUGAUAGUUCGUACUCUUUCAACCAGUGCUGACUUUGAGCAGAGGGAAAAGGAAAAAGCAAGAAUUGAGAAAUCUUUCAGACAAAGUGACAAGUUACUUGGGGAACUUGUGACAGACAAUUAUGAAGAUCUAACGAGAGUUACACAAGCCUUCAGUACCAUAAGCAAGAAAAUAUAUGAGUCCCGAGACAAGAUCAAGAAGAUUAAAGAUGAUCUUAGCAGCUGUAAGACACUACUCCACUGUAAACGUGAUGAACUUCGACGACUUUGGAUUGAAGGAGUGGAGCACAAAACCAUGGUCUCACUCCUCGAUCAAAUAGAACAAAUCAAGGAGGUUCCUACCAAACUGGACAAUUUCCUGCUGACAAAACACUAUCUCCACGCCACUGAUUUGGUGGUCCAGGCAGUUGCCAAGUUGGAGGGCCCAUUGUCCGGAGUUAUGGCCCUUAGAGAUCUGAAGUCUGAGCUGACAACACGAAAGGAGCAAUUACACGAGGUUCUGAUCGGUGGCCUCAACAAACAGAUCUAUGUAACAGUCCCUGCCAACCAGAAACCCAGCUAUCGACGCACCGACUCUCUCACACGACAGGGAGACUACCCUUCUCUGGAGCGAAAGAAAAGAUCUGGCCAGGAUAUGUUUCCUACUGUGGAGCCGUUUACACAUGAAGAGAUAAAAGAGGAUUUGAACUCGAACCCAGAAGAAAACCCCUCCCACUUCAUUGCUCUCCUAGUUGAAUCUCUCUUUGUCCUGAAAAAAGUUCCAGAUGGAGCUGAGGGACUGAAGAUCAGGAUACAACCAGAAUUAUCUGCCAUUGUAGCCAGGGCCUCUCAACAGGUGGUCGAAAAUUCUUGCCAACAGGGGGAGCUGUUAGCUAAUAAUAACCAGCCAAGGUUUCUGUUGGAGUUACUUAUGAUGGUGUUUCAGCAGUUCCGCUUGGUCGCACACAUGCACAAGAUGGUGUUAAGAAACCUUAACAGAGUCAUUCCAACCACAGCUGAACAUCAAGAGGAGAAAUCUGGUGUCCUAAUUCGGGGAGAACAGAUGUACGAUAUGACGGAUGUGUGGUCCAAAAUACAAGCUGUGAUUGAGUUGCUGUUACGGGAGUACCUAGAUGUACAAAACACUGCUGCUUCACGACAACGGGCCCCCAGUAGCUUUGAUGAGCCAAGUACAGAUAUCAGCCAAUACUUCUCAAAGAAACGACCAAACAAACCAAAAAAGCCAGCCUUGUUUCGCUUCGAUGCGUCUAUUCAUGCGAUGAGCACCAACAGUUAUGUUGAGGACAGUCGAGCGUUUGAUACGAGUGACAUGUUCAAUGCCAGUAUGUUAGCUGAGAUGGGACUGGAGAAACACCAGAUGGUCUGCAAGCCUAGCGUCUACAAUAUCACAGCCAUCUUUAAGCCACUACAGGACUUCAUCAGGGAGGUAGAAGAUGCUAUUGCCUGUAUGGAUGGAUCCUCAAGUCUUCAGGCCUUCGUCACCGACUUUGUCCAGGAUAUCUUCCUCGGUCAGGUCCACUACUCUGUCAAAAACAGCAUAGAAGCUGCCACCAUAGUGGAUGAGGAAGAACAGUGCUUUGACUCUCUACGUCACGUCGUUGAUCACAAAACACAAAGAGAUCUUGGUGUUUCUCGGCCCUUACUUACAAGCACUGUAAUUGUGGAUAAGAACAUACAGGACUUACAGGAGUUAAUGCAAGAUCUGCCAACAUAUGCUGACCAAUUUCUCAACAUGAUCUGUAACAUACUGAAGGAUUACAGAGACACAUGUCACACAGCAUACAGGGGUAUGGUUCAGUAUGAUGCGGAUGAGAAGCGAAUGAUCAGUGCUAUGUGGGCUAAGGAUGAAGACAUCAGCAGGUUUCUCAGGUCCUUGCCAAGUUGGCAGGUUCUGCAGCCAAUGGAGGGCCAGGACAUGAACCAGGCGAUGUGUUCAGAGGAGGAGAUGAGGACCCUGAACUCUAAGGAGGUGAACAUCCUCAUUAGUAACCUGUCUUCAUCAGACUCUAUGAUCCCUCAGCAGGAGAUCAUCACAGACGCCACACAGAUGAGGACCAUUGCUAACUACCAUCAGAGUCUCGAGUGGUUCACAGGUAGACUAGGACACUUUGCCCAAUCACUUUCCUCCAAGUCAGACAAACAUGGCACCCAGAAAUCAUCAAAAUAUCCUCCAGUAUCCCACAAAGCAUUAGAGUCACUGAACACACUGGAGAAAGAUUUCCAGGACCUGGCUGAAAUUUGUCUGCUAUUGUUACACUUAGAGGUCAGAGUUCACUGCUUCUACUACCUGGAAUUAGUUGCCAGAAAGUCCAACUAUGCGGGACCUAUUGAUGACCUUGACCCGGAUUCUAAUGUCUUGAAGUUGAACAAAGAUCUGACUGCGAUGGAGGAGGUGUUAUCACAGAGCCUGCAGCCAAAUAAGUUUAAAUACAUUUUUGAAGGCCUUGGUUUCUUGGUGGCCUCCAUAUUGAUGAACAGUAUACAAUUUUUACCGAAGAUUAAUGAGAAUGGCAUUAAGAAGAUGUGCCGGAAUCUGUUUGCUAUUCAACAAAACCUGACCAACAUAUCCAUGUCCCGGGAGACUGACCUUGACAUGGCCCGCCAGUACUACGAGCUUCUCUACUUGAACCAAGAUGACAUCCUAACUGCCAUAGCUGAAAAGGGUGCCCAGUUUACCUAUACAGAGUACUGCCAACUUAUCCAGCUAUACCACCGGAGCCAUCCAGGGGGAGACCCUAACCAGCUCGACAAACGGAUGCAGAGGCUAAGGGAGAUAAUCGAGAAGGGACAGAACGGAGUUGCCUGAAACCAGCCAUCUUGUGCAAAACAUGUUUAAUCAUGUUAGCAAAAGAACAUCAAGAUUAUAAUAAACUGCACAUCAGAAAAAGAAAAUUUAGAUUAAACGGCCAAUUAGUGUUGUGUUGCAAAGCUACCACACUUAAACAAUGGUAAGUCCUUGGAACUUGGAUAUGGAAAACAGUCGAAUGGAUACAAUAUGAAAUGGUCGAAUUUCAGAUGAACCAAUGUCCUAUGAAAUCGGUUCACAAACAAGGGAGGCAAAGAUGAAAUAUUUGUCUUUCAAUGAGAAAAAAAGGAGUAAACACUAGCUUUGUUUUCAAGAGAAGACAAGUUAUUUUGGUGUGACCAGAGGUGGGGUAAUGGAAAUAAAGCUGUAAUUAAUUGUAAUGAAUCAAAUGUGAUAAGUUUAAUACAAAAGUGUGAAUGAAAUUGCCAUUACAAAUAUGCAUUAUUUGUAAUGGGAAUUUCAUUCACACUUUUGUAACUUAGUUCAUAAUCCAGUUACAUUUCCAUGUAAAUGAAUCCAUGCCUGGGUGUCUCCGAAGAUGGUGUGUCUCCCUUUUAUAGGAUGCGAUAUGAAAGAUAACCAGGGGAAAGAUACAAACAUUCCCAAACCAGAUUCGCCAAGGGUCUACACAGUUACAGAGAGACAAUGGGAGGUUCUCCUUUUGUUAUGUAUAAAGAAAUUUCUCACCUAUGAUUUGCUUUUAUAAAGAGAAAGAUCUAGAUAAACUCAAUGUCGUGUUCUGUAGAAAUUCUAGAUAUAUUCCUGAACUGUGAGACGAAAAGUUUGAAGUUCACUUAAUUUUGCUAAAAUGUGCUUUUAAUAUUUCAUAAUAUCACACAAUACACAAUAAAUUGCUGGAUAUUUUCAACGAUUGCUUGUAGCAUGUCACACUUACUUUCAUUCCAAUACUUAUUCUAGAAAUGUGUUGUUAACUUAAACCUAGAAUUUUACCAUGUAAUCCACUGAAACAGACACACAGACAUUGGCUACCUUAUACUUUAUAAAUGUGAUGCUGUGUAAGAGUAGACUACAUUCGAAACACUUUCACCACUAUUUCGUUCAAAAGUAAAGUGAUUUUGUCAAUGUGUACAUUCUUGUGUACCUCAUAUGUCAUCACUAAAAUAACAAGAUCUGAUUCUUAGUGUGGAACUCUUCAGGCAAAAAAAGAUACAUUUGACAAAAAAGUAGCAUGUAUCCUUAAUUGAUAAUACUUAUAAUAGCACAUCUCGUGUCAAAGUUGAUGAUACUGAUUUUAGUGCAUCACUUAUCUUGCCAUCGCAAUCAUGAAACCUAAAUCUUUUCCUUAAAAUCAUGAUACUUGCUGAUUUGAAAUCUGUCCAUGUGUCAAAAUUUCUGAACAAAGGGAGAUAAUUCUGCUACUAUUGAUGUUUGUACAGAUAUACUUAUUUAGACCACAGGAACUGUCCUCAUCUGAUUAUAUCAUAGGUGUAUUGACAGACGAGGCUAGUACCGGUGUUUGGACAGGUUUCAGGUGUAUGAUGAAAUCAAAUGUGUUACAAAGUAACAUAGUUUAAACAUCACCAUUUUGGCUUAUGCUUUCAUCUUUUUAUCUUAAAAUGGAGUAUGUUAGAUUCAAAUUUCUGAGAAUCAUUGAUAGCCUUGUGUGUAUUGUCCCUAUUCAAUGAUAAACAAAAAUGGAAAUAUCAAGUAAACUUUCUUAUAAAUCAGUGCCAACAGGAAUAGCUGGCUUCCUUUUUCAAAUUAUGUAUUUAUGCUUUCUGUUCAAAAAUUUCUUCAUUUUUGUAAGGAAGUAUAAGAAAAUGGCUAUGAACAGUAGGUCAACACUGAAACAAAUUCUGAAGUUGGCUGCAUUAUUUUGCUGUACAUUGUCAUUUUGUGUUUGUGUACACUGGUGCUUUAAGUGCAAUAUUUGAUAUUGAGUCAUACCGAGUCAGUAUGUUUUUGUGAUAUGUGAGAUUUUAUUUAUAUGAAUUCAAUUUUGUCUGCAUAAAUAAAUGUAUGAAACAAA